ACAGCACACCAUGUCCAAGCUAUCGCGCGCCAUCAAGUUCAUCUUCGCCAUUUGGGUGACGGCGUUGCUGCUUGCCCUGCCGCAGGCAAUGCAAUUCUCGGUUGUGUCAGAGCAGGGCGGCACCUCGUGCACGAUUGGCAAUCAUUUUGUCGAGCAUGUUUUCGCCGUUUCGGGCUUUAUCUUCUUUGUCGGUCCCAUGACGGCAAUUUGUGUACUCUAUGUACUAAUUGGUAUAAAGUUGAAGCGUAGCCGAUUGCUGCAGGCAGUGCCACGGCGUAGUUUUGAUGUGCAUCGCGGGAUCAGCGCACAAAGUCGUGUGAUCCGAAUGCUGAUUGCCGUUGCUGUGGCGUUCUUUUUGUGCUGGGCACCCUUUCACGCACAACGCUUGAUGGCUGUAUACGGCAGCAGUGCCAACAUUGAAUCGCAACUCUUUAAAGAUGUCUUCGAAGCUGUCGACCUUAUAUCCGGUGUGCUGUAUUACCUAUCGACGUGUAUUAAUCCGCUGCUAUACAACAUCAUGAGUCACAAAUUUCGUGAUGCUUUUAAGGUAAGUUAA